GAUGAAGAAAAAGACAUAGGCUUGGAGAAAUAUGUGGACUGCCUUGAACACAGCAUCUGACCAACACUGGCAGGAUGAAGGGUCACAGAAAACAAGAACAGGGCUGGUAUCAGAGAUUGGAAGAGUUCACCACUCCCUAGAGAAGCCCAGAGAACACUCUAAGAAGAGAUGAGCAUGUCUGUGACACUGGCCGAGGCCCUACAAGCCAAAGGGGGUCCUCUGGAGGAAGAAGAGAUAUGGGCGCUUUUGCUUCUGGGCACAAAAUGCCUUCUGGAGGACUUGCACAAAGAGUCAUCCAUCACCAUGAUUUGCCCAUGGUCAGUGCUGCUGUCAGCAGAAGGAACUCUGUCUUUCAGAGACCAGGUACCCCAGGCAGACAUUUUCCCUUUUAGAGCUCCUGAGAUGUUUUCUGGAGACAGUAAAAGCGAGCAUUGUGGACUAAGAAAGACGUUGAUGUACUGCUUAGGAAUGACACUCUACUGGUCAGCAGACUAUCACGUUCCUCCCAGCCAGCCUCUUCCGCUAAGCCAUCGGUUACAUACGCUGCUGUUAGCACUUUGCGAGGAUCUGCCCCAUAAGAGACCUUCCCCAGAAUCCAUCCUGGAAGCCUGCGAAGUGCACCAACAGCAAUCUCCAGUGCAAGACUCAGCCCUUGGCUUCAUCCAGAGGCUGGUCCAGUGUGCGUUGGGGAGCAUCAGAGAGGGAGAAGAGGGAGUCUCCGAAGACGAUGUACCCAUCCCCCUUAGCAGAAGCGAUGCCAUCCGGAAAAGGCUGCAUGAGAAAGCGGUGGACCCCACAGCACUGCCUUCUCCACUGAAUUUGGACCAAGGCAGAAUUCCACAGCCACAGCAGCCAUGGGAUUCAAACCACGGCGUCUCAAAAGCCGACAGUAGCUACAAGCUGCUAAUCAACAAAUCAGCCAGUGCCAUGGAUGGAAUCUCAGGUGGAGGCCAGAAGAACAGCAGUCAUGGAUUCCCAGAUUUGAGCUCUUCCUCCACCUGCUCUGUGUUCCAGAAGGAUUCUUUACCAACUCCUGCACCUUCAGAACACCUGUUCCAAAGAAAAGAAAAGUUUCCAGGCCCAGAAUUCGUUGUUCUGUCCAGUGAGCCUCCAGUCGCUCUGCAACUACCUGGGUCAAUCAAGACAAAGAAAGGGAAGUUGUUCCUUUCUCAAAGAGAUGUCAACGUGAUUCUGCCAAACGGACAGUGCUUGGAGGUGAAGUGUGAUGUUAAAACGAAGGCACGAGUUGUCUUCGAGACGGUUGUGGCAUAUGCCAAUCUUGUGGAGCCUUUCUACUUUGCCUUAGCCUACAUGAGAGGUAAAGAAUUCUUCUUUCUGGAUGACGACACCAAGCUUCACAAAGUGGCUCCGGAAGGCUGGAGCGACCAACCCAAAAAGAAAACGUCCAUCAUCAAUUUCACCCUCUUCUUGAGGAUAAAAUUCUUCGUUGAUGACUUCAGCCUCAUCCAGAAGAGCCAGACCAGGCACCAGUUUUACCUGCAGCUUCGGAAAGACCUCCUGGAGGAGCGCUUGCUUUGUGGCGAUGAGAUCGUGCUGCAGUUGGGCGCCUUGGCCUUGCAAGCAGAAAUGGGGGCUUACGCUCCUGAGACUCAUUAUAGCGUUGAGGAUUACGUUCCUGGAAGCCGGAUUGAGAAAAUGGGUCUCGAACACAUCCAAGGGGAGCUUGCCAGGUUGCGCCAGGUCACCCUCUCCCUCUUGGGGCAGCAGGCAGAACUCGAAUUUCUCAAGGUAACCCGGCAGCUUCCCGACUACGGUGUGCUUUUCUAUCAUGUGUUCCCAGAGAAGAAAAUGGUAGGAGGAGGCUUGGUGUUGGGGAUUUGUGCCAAAGGAAUCAUCAUGUAUGAUAUAAGGAACAGCACCAGGACUGCCAGUCAAUGUUUUCUGUGGCGGGAAACAGAGAGAAUUUCAGCUCAUAGGAAGAAGUUCAUGAUCGAGAGCAGCUUCAGCGGCAAGAAGCACACCUUCCUUACGGACAGCGCAAAAAUGUGCAAAUAUUUGCUGGACCUCUGCUCCGCUCAGCACAAAUUCAACGCGCAGAUGAAUUCACACCAGCUUCUGCAGGCGCCCUCAGAGGAAAGUAGAUUAAUGGAAAUGUCCAGAUCAAAUUCAGCCUACGCAUCUCAGCAGGAUAACUUCGCCUUAAUUCAGAGACUCUCCCACUCAGAAAACAUCCUGUAUGGAACCAACCUGGAAAGGAUAUCUGGUGGGGUCACCAUGAGCAAGUCUUGUAACAAUAACCUCAGCACAGAAGCCAGCACUGAAAACAGAGAAAAAAGCAACCUGGGCAGGGCCUCUCAGUCAGAGAUGCGCACGAAUUUGAGUGAAAAGCAAAGCAGUUACGACUACCUUUCGAUCGAUUCAACUCACAACACAGCUAGUGCUCCAGGUUCCCCAGGGCGUGCGAGAAAGGUCUCAUUAACCAGACUAGAAAGAGAAAUCAUUUGUGUCACUUUAAAACGCGACCCUAGAAAUGGCUUUGGUUUUGUAAUCAUUGGAGGAGAAAACGUGGGGAAAUUAGAUCUUGGCAUAUUUAUUGCUUCCGUUGUCCCUGGAGGACCUGCUGACAGAGCGGGGCUUAUGAAACCAGGGGGACGUCUCAUUUCUGUGAAUAACAUUAGCCUGGAGGGAGUUUCCUUUAAUGCUGCAGUUAAGAUGAUCCAGAAUUCUUUGGAUGAAGUGGAGCUGAUUAUCUCUCAGCCCAAAGACAGUUCCGAAGACGUCCCGGCUGAGGAAAAGCGGCUGCUGAGCCCCGUCAGCAGCAGCAGCCAGGGCUCCGAGAUCUGCAGCGCCAACAGCGAGAGGCUGGUUUCGGAGGCCAGCCGUGACACCCCAGCCACAGAAGAAGAACUCAGUACAGACAGUGAACUGAAGAGUAUCCCCUCACGAAAUUCCGCACCCCAGACUUCUGCACUUUCGGCUGACCAGUUACUUACUAGCAACCUGGAACUACAGGGUGGGAAUAGCAGCAGCCCAUUCCAGGAAGAGAGUGUUGUGAAAUCUGUUACCACUCGUGGAUCGGCUGAUCAAGAUGGGAAGAUUAAAAAAGAAGGCUGCUGCUUGGAAGUGGAUGGAAGCAGUUUCCCGGGAGCGACACAGAAGAGAUCUGGGCAGGUCUCCGGGAGAGAAUGCCACGUGACAAUCUUGCCGAAUCUGGGUGACGAGGCAAGUAAGGAAGAGCGUACGAGCCUGUCUUUGCCAGGGGGGUGUCCCAAGAGCUGCUUCUUCGCAAGAGAUGAGAACACGUUUGAGGUCCGUCUGAAGAAGAACUCUGGAGGCCUCGGCUUCAGCUUUGUGCAGGUGGAGACGCGAGCUUGCAGAGGCCUUGGAAGAGCCGUUGUAAGAAUCAAGAGACUGUUUCCCGGGCAGCCAGCUAAAGAGAACGGAGCCAUUGAGAUCGGAGAUAUUCUUCUCUCAGUGAAUGGGAAAUCUGUUCAAGGACUGCUGUAUCAGGAGGUCCUGCACUUGCUCAGAGGGGCUCCUCAAGAGGUGACCCUCCGCCUAUGCAGACCACCAAAAGGCAUCCUGCCAGAAAUCGAUCAGAGUGCACAGUUGCGUGUCACCGUCCAGGUGCUAGAUAGUCUCUACAAGCGACCUUGGUUUCCCAGGCCUCCCCCGGAGGACUGA